AUGGCAAGUCCAACGACUCCUAGGACGCCUACCGAAACCAAAGGAAAGAAGCGCCGCGCAACCGACGAUGAGGACGAAUCUCCUCGUCCUCAAACAGUUCGGAAGGAGAUUACGUCUCUGUAUCCAUCAAUAAAAGCUCCCGGUCGUCCAUUUAAAAAGAAGUCGAUCGAAGCAUUAUUAGACUUGCCUCAACGGUUUUUCAUGGCAGAAAAUCCAGACCGGCCAAAGAAUAAAAUGUUCACGGUUUUCAGUCCUAAUAGGGACUUGAAUAUCAUCGCCGCGUGCGUACAGGUCUGCGGCGAAUCACGGCUUAAUGAGAAGCGAUGUACGACAUGCGCUGCUGGUCAGGGUAUCUGGACUCAGUGCAUGGUCGAGCGAGAUAUUCCCGAUCAUCCUACCAGGGUGUUAGGCGGUGCAUGUGCCUGCUGCUACUUUGACGGAAAGGGGAAAACUUGCUCGUUCAUUCUCCGCGACUCUUCUUCACCUCUCAGCUUUACUUCGACACCCAGCGUAUCCAUUGCUAGUUCCCCUCUACCUCUCUUAGGGUCAUCAGCCCCUUCGGAAUUCAUUACAUUUCCAACCGACCCAUGCCAAGUUGCUUACUACCAAUGCAUGUCCCGAAUAGAGCGGUCCGAAUCUCGAACCGAAUUAACGAAUACGAAAAAUUCUCUCGAAAACCACCUCGACGUACUGAGAAGUGUCGAAGCGAAGGCCGACGACGACGAUUCACCCCUAAUACUAUCCGAUAGGAACGCUCUUUUGAUUGCUUCUCGCCGUAUGAGUUGGCCGAAGACUAAGCGGGCAGAGGCCCAAGCUCAUAUAAAGGGGGUCUUGGCUGCUUUAAAUACUGCAGAAACGAAGCUCGGAGAUAACAAGGGAAGAGACGGACACGCAUAUUAA